CAUGUUAAAUCAGGAAAAAGUAAUUGUGCUUGAUACUGUGUUUACACUGUAUUGAGCUAUUCCUUUUUUGAAGAUCUCAUUUUUAUCACAGUUGCUACUUGCUGGCUUGAUUCACUCACUGAAUCUUCUUUUCUAUACCUUGCUUGAUGUUGAGUUCUUGUUUCUGAUUUAAAUUUUCUUCCUAAAACUAGUCAUUUUUGGAAAGAUGAUUAAUAUUCCUGAAAUGAACAUUGAACUUUGAACUUUUGAUGCAUUUUAUAUGUUAUUUUCGCUUCCUUGUCUACUAAAUCCGCCGUGACAACUUUAUACCCUGCGGAAAGCAGACAGACUCAAAACUUUAAUAGAUGAAGAACAAAAUGAAAUUCCAAUCCUUCAUCAGGGGCCUCGAUCUAAGUGUUAAAGCAUGUUGCUUUUUCCUUUUCUGGGGCACGUUCAUUAUGGAGAUCACCAUCAUCUUCUAACUUUAUUGUUCUCUUGUCACUCUUUUCAAACACAGGCACAAACCCAUUUCACAAAUACUACACCACUUUGCAUACUUGGGUAAUUUUCUGCUGAUGGAGUCGGUCCAGCCAUUGGCUGUGACGCCAAGCAAGAAGAAACUAGCUCGAACUAUUGCCAAGGUUCUUCAUCUUCGAACCCUGACUGGAAUUGCUCCGGCUGAUGGACUGAAGAGUGUUAAAGCAGAUAGAGAUCUUAAAGAUGAAGGAGGUAUUGAUAAGGUUUUGAACUGGUCUCAGUCUUUUGAUGAGGAAGAUGAAGAAUUUCAUGAAAGAGCAGCGAUGGAAGCUCUGCUUGCAAAACUGUUUGCUAGCAUUUCAUCUGUUAAAGCUGCAUAUGCUCAACUUCAGUAUGCUCAGUCGCCAUAUGAGCCUGAAGGUGUUCAAGCUGCGGAUCAAUUGCUAGUCUCUGAGUUAAAGAACUUGUCUGAGAUAAAGCAGUGUUACUUGAAAAAGCAAUUUGAUCCUUCACCAGAGGCAGCAAUGCUGGAGGCUGAAUUGAAGGAGCUUCAUAGUGUUAUAAAGACUUAUGACAUUAUGGGAAAGAAGUUAGAGUCUCAGGUUCGGCUCAAGGAAUCUGAGAUUGUGUUUCUUAAGGAGAAGUUGCAGGAAGCUAUUGAGCAGAACAGGUCAAUGGAGAAGAGAUUGAAUCAAAGCGGGUCAUUAUCUGUGCUUGAUAAUCUUCAUAUAUCAGGACUAAAUUCUAGCCAUUUUAUUACAGUCCUUCGCCAGACAGUCAGGUCCAUUCGAAACUUUGUUCGGUUAAUUGUGGAUGAGAUGAGAUCUGCUGGUUGGGAUAUUGAUGCUGCUGCGGGUGCUAUUGAAAAGAAUGUAGUGUACUUGAAAGAGGACCACAAGUGUUAUGCAAUUGAGUCAUUUGUUUGCAGGGAAAUGUUUGACUCUUUUCAGUUUCCUAAUUUCUCCCUUCCAAAUGAGUCAUUGCCGGAAAGAAACAGCCUACGACAGGUGUUCUUCCUGAGAUUCAAUGAACUGAAAUCCAUCAGAGCAAAAGAAUAUCUAGCUGAGAAGCCAAGGUCUCCAUUUGCAAAGUUCUGCCGGAUCAAGUACCUGCGACUUAUUCAUCCAAAGAUGGAAUCAUCGAUCUUCGGUGAUCUGAACCAGAGAAACCUUUUGAAUGCAGGAGAAUUUCCCAACACUGGCUUCUUUUCAUCUUUUGCUGAGAUGGCGAAGAAGGUUUGGCUCUUGCAUUGCUUGGCCUUCUCUUUUGAGCCGCAAGCUUCAAUCUUUCAAUUAAGGAAGGGAUGCAGGUACUCUGAUGUGUACAUGGAAAGCAUAAACGACGAGAUAUUCGUCUCUUCAGAGUCAGACCAGACCGUGGAAUCAUACCCACAAGUGGCAUUCACGGUGGUACCAGGUUUCAAGAUUGGUAAAACUAUUAUACAGUGCCAAGUCUACCUCUCACAGUCCCAAUCCAAGGUGAAAAAGAGCACAAUUCCAUGAAGCAAAGGUAAUGGCCGCUGGAGAGACACGAGAAGCCAUUGGUCUCUGCAAGUGGCUCCAUAUUAUUAUUAGGUAGAAGAAUUGUAAAUUAGGUUUAAUUAUGAAGGGACAAGUA